UCAUGAUCUCAAAGAAAGCUGCUUGCAUAAAUUUAUUACUACUUGUGGGGGUGUCAGGUCUAAGAAAGAUGGGUGGGGCUGGUUUUCAGCAAAAACCUCCCUCGAGGUAAACAAAUAUUGGACAGUUGAGUGGGCGUAUCUAUACAACAUGGUUGAUGGAGUGCUUAUCCUACCAGCUAGUUUGGAGGAAUCAGUGUUCAGAGGAUUCAUCAACACACCAGAGCACAGUUAUGAGGUAAAGGUCACUCUGUCAUCGUCCAAUCAGAUUUCAGAUGCAAGGGUGGAGGGUGACUGGAGACUGAGCAAUCUCAUCCGUGGGCAAGAGGAUACUCUACAACAAUAUCUCACUGAGAGCAAGACUGUUCCUGAGCUUCUGGGUAAGAUGAGAGACUUGCUGACUCAGCUGGAGAGCUCCAAACCCUCCCCCCUCGGCCUUGCCUUACCUCUGAGUGUGUGCAGACAACUGGCCAAUGACAUUGACUCGCUGGGAUGGUCAAGGGUGCAAACAGUAGACACAUUAUUCAGACAUAUUCAAUUAGUUGUCAGGGAUCAAAAGAACCAAGCACACACUCUCACUGUGUCUCCAACGGCCAAGUAUCCUCAUGAGGCUCCAAUAUUGACUGUUGAUGCUCCGGUGGACUUUAAACCUCACUGGGACAAAACAACUGGGCUAUGUGGUUUAGUGAGCCAGUUUUCCAGCUGGUUAGACACUCUGGGGCCGUUCUGGAGUUGUAUGGAAGAGCUGGACGCACAGACAUGCAUCCUGGAGCCCGAGCACCCCUCCAGGGCACACACACAUAGGAGGAUUCUAAUUGAUACUCACCUCUCUCUAGUGUUGACUGUGAACCCUCUCAAACCUCUAAUAUUACCAGAACCACUGCAGUUCCUCGGACCAGACAACAGAGUGAGGGAACUCAGAGGCAAGGUGGGGAGGAACUGUACUCAAUGGAAUGAGAGACGCUCCCUCCUGGCCAAUCUGCAAUCACUACUGGACUUACAAUUCCUUAAACCCUCUUCUAAAGAAGCUGAGGAAAUGAGUGAAGAAUGUGCAAUAUGCUACGACUACAGACUAAACGGUGUUGUACCAUCAGUGAUCUGUCCCAACAACCACUGUGCUAAAUGCUACCACAACGAAUGCUUUGAAGAGUGGUUGAGAGGUCUACCACGAGCGGAUGGUCUGCACACUGUGCUAGCUGGCGACUGCCCAUUCUGUGGCGAGGUCAUCUCACUACGUUGACUGUGUAAUAGACUAUCAUCGAACAUUCUCUUCAUUGCAAAACAAUUAUUAAAACAAUUAUUAUAAUAAUUGUGUCUCAAUAUUAAUGUUUAUUGUAUAUGAAAAAACAAAAUAA